AGAAAAAAAGAAAAGAAAAAGUUAAGAAAAAAAGGAAAAGAAAUCCAUGCUCAAUGCUCAACAAAACGACAAGACAACGUGAAUUUUGAGUUUUUCUUUUCCAUAAUUUUCUUAUAUAUCGUUUAUAAUAACCGCCUACUCCCGCCCCCCUGCCCCACAACGAGUACGAUUUCUUCGUACACACAUCCCCCCCCGAGUGGUUUCGGUGGUUUUGCCAGUGGGUUUUGUAAGCCAAAUAUAUGGUAAUGGCAGAGAUUGGUGGCCAUUUGGCUCACCAGCUACCAUUGCACAAUCACAAUCAAACUGGAUUACAGCCAUCGCUGGUGAUGAAUCAUCACCUUGAGUUGGAUUUGCAUGGACAUGAUGUGAUAAAAAAACAAAGACUAUCCCAUUGUGUGGGCUGUGGCGGUCAAAUCCACGAUCAGUAUAUAUUACGCGUUGCUCCCGAUUUGGAAUGGCAUGCGGCAUGUCUAAAGUGCCAGGAAUGCAGGCAAUUUCUGGACGAAAGCUGUACGUGUUUUGUGCGUGACGGCAAAACCUAUUGCAAGCGUGAUUAUGUUAGAUUAUUUGGUACAAAAUGUGAUAAAUGCGGCAACUCCUUUAGCAAAAAUGAUUUUGUGAUGCGGGCAAAAACGAAAAUCUUUCACAUCGAAUGUUUUCGCUGUUCGGCAUGUGCGCGACAAUUGCUGCCAGGCGAUGAAUUCGCGUUAAGAGAUGCUGGCGCUUUGUAUUGCAAGGAGGAUCAUGAUGUUCUUGAGAAAUCAUCACAAAGCAGUUUAACAUCAUCAUCAGUGGAGAGCAAUAACAAUAUUAGCAGUAGUAACAACAAUAAUACAAAUCUUAGCAAUAAUAACCAUUCCAGCGAAUUGGGUUCAAUGUCAGAUUCUGGCAGCGAAUCGGGCUCACAUAAAAGUAUUAGGGAAAAACGGCCCUCAGGUCCAUCGGAUGGUAAACCGACCCGUGUGCGGACCGUGCUCAAUGAAAAGCAAUUGCAUACCUUAAGAACCUGCUAUAAUGCUAAUCCGCGACCUGAUGCUCUAAUGAAAGAACAAUUGGUUGAAAUGACAAGUCUCUCACCGCGAGUCAUACGAGUUUGGUUCCAAAAUAAACGCUGCAAGGACAAAAAGAAAACCAUUCAAAUGAAAUUGCAAAUGCAACAGGAGAAGGAGGGUCGCAAAUUGGGUUACGGAGCCAUGCAGGGCAUACCCAUGAUAGCCAGUUCUCCAGUGCGUCAUGAUUCUCCAUUGAAUUUGCAAGGACUGGAUGUGCAGACAUAUCAACCGCCAUGGAAAGCCUUAAGCGAUUUUGCUCUGCAUGCCGAUCUGGAUAGCAAUGGAGCCAUCAAUACCCAUACACCUGCAUUUCAACAGCUGGUCAAUCAGAUGCACGGCUAUGAUUUGAAUGGCAUGCCCGUAUUACCGCCACAUCCGCCACAUCAGGGACCACAUCCACCGCCGCCUGUCCAACAAAUGAAUGGACCACCUGGGCCAGGCGGUAGCAGUCUAGACUCUGGCAUUACCUCGCAUCAUCAUCCGGAUAGCACAGAUUCCUAUGUGACAUACCUGGAGAGCGAUGACAAAUCCAAACUGGCGCUGACACCGUCAUCCUCGUCAUCGGCAUCGGCUGCCACAUCGAUCUCCUCGCCGCCGGCGGCUUCAACUGGCGGCGUCGGUGCCGGUGCCAGUGGAAGUGGUGUCAUGGGUGUGGUGGGCGUAGGCGUAGGCAUGGGCGUUGGCGUUGGCAUUGGCGGCGCCUCGAAUCAAUCGGCUACCGAACAGCUAAUGCAAAUGCUGCAAAAAGUAACCGGCGGCUCCGGUUCUGGAUCCUCCAAUUCGGCCGCUUCCCAUGCGGUGCUCUGAGCUCACAUCAUGCCGAGAAAACGAGUGACUAGCAUGGAGCGAAAAUGUUUGCCGGGCUUUGUGCAAUCCUUCGCAUAUUGUAUUUGAUUCGGUGCCAAAAAAAAAGAAAGAAAAACGAAAGAAAAAAUUCAAUUGUAGUCGGGGUCCUGGGGUCCAUCUAUGUCUUAACUCUUAUUCUUAUGUGUAUAUUAUUAUAUGUAUAUUUUUGUCCUCAUUUUGUUAUGUAAUAUAAAAACUUUUUGUUGUUCAUUUCAAACAUU